GUCUUUCAGGUGGCCAAGAGCCACGGCUACGUCAUCCACGCAGACCCGUGGUCGUUUCAGGUGGCCAACUCGCCUUUAGUCGUGCGAACCCAAAGUUUUCUCCAGCCGCACGGCGAAGCGAUGACUUUUGCUGGUGUACCAGAAGACGCCCAAGGUCUUGCCAGUGCUCUGGAUGCCUCGCUUGGAGCGGUUCAAUCCCGAUUGCCCUUUUGCAAAGACACCGUUCGACAGCUGGAGAUAGACUUAAGGAGGCGAUUGAGUUUUGGGUGGCUCUCGCCGGCUCCGGUUCCGUCCCGUCGGGUAUGCAUAGUUCUUGAAGGGGAAAUCAGCAUCAGGGCGACCAAGUUCAGAUGGGAAACUGCGGCUGCGCUGGGAGUCGAUGUCGUGGUGCUUAGCACCGGGUCUUGGUGGCAGGAUGACCAGGGGCCUUUUGGCUCUCUGCGAGAGGCUUUCAUCAUCACCGACUUGACACCGGGUCCUGAUCUGGGGGCCAGGAUCGCCCGAGCCCUCAAGUCAUAUCCGCACACCAUUGAUGGAAUAUUUGCUCUGUCAGACACCCUCUUAAUACCAGUGGCUGAGGCCGCCACCCAGCUGGGCCUGUGGACUAGUGGUCCCGAGCCGUACAGGAUAUCUACCAACAAGUUCCUUACCCGUCAGCUACUGGAUCCCACGUCGGGGGAAUACUUCAGCGUGAAUUCACUGGAGGAACUCGAAAUGCGGCUCACGUGCAACGACCCAGUCAGCUUCCCGGUGGUUUGCAAGCCAUUUUGCGGUAUAGGCAGCGAGGGGGUGUACAGAGCUGAUAACCCCACCCAGUUACGACACGCCGUCUCUCAGUGCAUCGCCUCCAAAAACCACGAAAGCUGUUUGAUCGAACCUUACGUUGACGGGCCCGAGGUGGACUGCAACCUCGUCUUCAUGGAUGGUCACCUACUCUACUCCGAAGUCGUCGAUUAUUUCCCUUGCGAUGCUGAUGUGGCAGAAGACGCAACCGAUAAGCUGUUCGCCGAAACGGAGGCCGUCGUGCCAUGCCAGCUGCCCGUGGAAGAGCAAAAGGCUAUUGUAGAAACUGUAUCGAAAGCAGUGAUUCUUCAAGGCUUCGAUACUGGUGUCUUCCACUGCGAGGCCCGGGUUCGCAACUCCUUCAUGACGUAUCGUCUUGCUCAUGAAGCAACUAUCCCAGAUCUUGUGGUUAAAGACGAGCCCCGCAAGACCGAGGAAAAAAUCCGCAUCUUCCUUCACGAGAUCAACGCCCGGAUACCCGGUAUUGCGAGCUCGGCCUCGAGCCUCAUCGCCAAUGGGAUCGACUUCUGGGCAUUACAGAUCCUCUGCGCUGUCGGCGAUUGGGGCAGGUACAAAGCCCUGUCUGUCCCGUUUCUAUCUUCCAGCGAAGGCGGAGGUCACCACGUAUGGCUCACCAACUCGCUUGUGCCUAUCACGUACAAGGGCAUCCAACCUUUGUACCCCAACUUCCCGAUGGACCGGUUGGGUCACCAGCUCGUAGAUAGUAGCCACAACCCCGUGGUAGAGCUAUCCGAAAGUCAUGAAGAGCUGACUCGAUACGUUCUCCGGCACAACGCUAACGUAAACGACGGCGUCAAGUAUGGUUUCAAUAAAGGGGAUUGGCUGUGGACGGCCUGUUUGGUUAUCCGUUCUCCCAUUAGUCGCAAACUGUGA